CGACCACUACAUCACGACCACCGUCUGCUUCAAAUUGAAAGCCAAGGAGAGGUCGGAACAUCGUCGUCUCGCGCGCACUACGAACCCAACGCAUUACGCUUCUAUUGUUCCUCGAUUGAGGUAACUCGCGGAACAAUGUUACUCGAAGACCAAAGGUAUCUCCACGAGGACCUCGAGCGCCUCGAACAGGGCAUCGCUGAUCGCAUGGGCGAGGAGCCCAAACACAUCCGCGAUCGCCUGAACCGAGAUCAUGAAGUGGCACAGUUGCUCGACCAGAUUCAGAGCCAAUCAGCGGAGCUGCUCCCGCUUUAUGAAGACAAGUCCGGGCUACGGUCGAAAGAGAUUCUCCAAAUCAGCACCGGCGAUCCAUUCGAGGAAUUUUACCGCCAAGUGGCCAGAAUCAAGGAGCACCAUGCACGUUACCCGAAUGAGCAAGCCGAAAAUUCGGAACAAUGGUAUCGGCCGCGAAAGGGAGACGAUGACCAGCCCUUUAUCGUCGACAGCAUGUUCUCUGGCGAAGAGGCAUACGGACGAUUCUUUGAUUUGCAUAGCUGCCACGAGUCCUAUCUCAACCUCCCUAACGCAAAGCGUCUCGGAUACAUGCAGUAUCUCGAGGUCUUUGACAAUUUUCAACCGGGGUAUGGCGGGAUCAAGAGGGCAGACAAAUUGAAGGACCAGUACUUUAAGUAUCUGGGCGAGCUCAUGGAAUACCUCGAGUCCUUCAUGCGGCGGACGCGUCCUUUGGAGAAUGUCGACCAAAUCCUCAACGGCUGGCAACAAGAGUUCGAGUCAGCGUGGGAGAAGGAUGAAGUACAAGGGUGGCAAAAAGAAAAGAAGGCGAAGCCGGACGCACCGGAGCGCACUUUGAGCACGGUCGAGGCGGUCUGGUGCGAUGCGUGCGAAAAGGAGUUCAAGAACGAGAACGUCUACAAGGGGCAUCUGAAUGGUCGGAAACACAUCAGGGCGGCGGAGCUAAUAGCACAACGAGAAGCUACGCCUGACGGCAGUAUGAAUGGCGCUCUUCCGGCAUCCACACAUCGACUAAAGGAGCGAGCAGUUGCCGAGCGGGAGUUCCGUGUCAAGAAACUCGUCGGUGCGAUGAACAUUGAGAGGGACGACACUAGAGUGAACGUGGAGCGCCGGCAGGGAAUGACGGAGCGGGAGCGGCAGCAGGAGUUAGAGAACCUCUACAACAUGACAUCCAGUGCGCAGCACCAGGGCGGGGAAGACGGGGACAAGGAAGAUGGUGACGAUAAGCUCUACAACCCGCUGAAGCUCCCGCUCGCAUGGGAUGGGAAACCCAUCCCAUUCUGGUUGUACAGAUUGCACGGUUUAGGGCAGGAAUUCCCCUGCGAGAUUUGCGGCAACUUCGUCUACCGGGGCCGGCGAGCAUUCGACAAACAUUUCAACGAGACAAACCAUAUUACCAACCUCAAGAGGUUGGGCAUCACGAACACAUACCUGUUCCGAGACAUCACCUCUAUAGCGGAGGCCGUCAGGCUCUGGGAGAAGAUCCAACGGGACCAAAGCAGAAACCAAAUAGACGACGGGUCGGUGGUUCAAAUGGAGGAUGCCGAAGGAAACGUGAUGCCGGAAAAGGUAUAUCUCGACCUACAAAAGCAGGGCCUCCUGUGAGGACGGGCAUGGCCAAACGAUGCGCCAUGUAUUUCGAAAGAGGGGGGGUGGGGGAGUGGAUUGUAACUCUAGCUGAUACCCAGCAGAAGCCUUCAGGUUGCCAUUGCAUGUUCAGCGUGCUUCAACACACUACGGGCUUUCAGAAAAUAUCUUAACUGUCCUCUAUCG